AUGCCGGUAAAGGAUAUUGUCAGUAACAGUUUAACUGACGAAGGACAAUAUCAAGAUGGAUAUUUAUCACCGGAUUUAAUUAUGUUACGGUCAAGAGGAGAAAAUAUACAAUUCAUUACUAAAUUGAAUUUAUGGGGUUUAAAACUAAAACAUGUUUCAGCUCUAAAAUGUAUGCCCAAUUUAAAAAUAAUCAAUUUGAGUUCGAAUUGUUUACGCUCUCUUGAACCAUUUUCUGGUUGUUUAAAUUUAUGCGAACUUUAUAUACGCAGUAAUCAUAUAGUAAAUAUUGAUGAAGUGGCACACUUAAAGUAUUUAAGCAUGCUUGAAAAGUUAUGGUUAAGUGGCAAUCCAUGCUGUUAUUUCUUUAAAAAUUCCGAAGGAAAUGUAAAAGUCCCACGUGAUCCUUCAGUAGUAUACAGAUGUUCUGUGAUUCGGAAUGUGCGGAGCUUGAUGCAUUUAGACCAAGAAGUAAUUACUUUUGAAGAACGCGAAUUAUCAGAAGAAUUUGGUAUUUUGCUGACAGCUCCACCGCCUCAACUAACAACUGAUGAACAAUGUCAAUCGGAGAUAUCAGAGACAACUUUAACUGACCAAAACUACAUAGAAGAAUCCACUAAUACACAUAGUGUCAUUGAUAUAACGUUAAGUUCAGAUGUAGAAAUGAAGAAAGACGGAUAUCGUUCAGUUUUACCAAAUAGAAAAAAUAAGGGAUCUGAAUUAAAUAAUCCGAAUAGUGAAAAAGUAAAAAAUCCGAAAUCAACGAAUGGCAAUGUAGAGCUAAUCAAUAACAAUACGGAUUCUAGGUUACCUUUUGUAAAAAGGAAAUGUCGAAAUGGGUCUUACUCGCUUGAUGUCACAUUAAAAGAGACAAACAAAAUUCGUCAAGAGUACGGUUUGAAACCGAUAAACAAGAAUAAGAUUUCUACACCUGCUAAACGAUUACAAUCAACAGAUCAAAAAAAUGAGAAAAUUGUCCGGAACUCCAUUAUACGCUUAUUGAAAACAUUGAAUUAUGACAGUCUAGAGAAAGUAAUUCAUGCAGCUGAAAAACGUAUCCUACGUUUAGCUGGUUUAACUAAUAGUUUAAAAUUACAAUCAUUAUUAGUUAACGGUGAUGCUCCUGAUCAAAAUGAUAAUGAAUGGACACCGAAUGGAACUUAUGACUGUUCGAAUUAUAUGAAUGGUAAUAAAUGAAUCGCUGCAUGUCUGUCUGUCUGUCUGUCUAUCUCUCUAUCUAACUUGUACACAAACCAUCAUAAUCAUAGAUGUUCUUCACAUUAUAACCCCUAUAAAAGCAACGGACAGUAGAAGUCACAUGAUGAACAUUUUAUAUUUAUAAAAAAAAGUACUAAACGCCAUUAUCAAGUGAGAUAGAUAUCAUCUAUAUCUCAUCUGCUUUCUUUUUUUUAAAAAUUUUUUUGUGUGUCACAUUAACUCAUCUAAAUUGAUAAUUGUAAAUAACAUUUUGAAAAAAACAAACAAACAGGGUUGAUAACAGUGCAAAACUUUUCUAUUUUUUCCCUGUGACUUUUUUUUUUUCUUACUUAUCAAUAAUAAUCUGCAUAGGUAAAUGUAAUCAUUUAAAUAUUGGUUUUAUUUUUUAUUGACUAAUUUUUCCUUUAAUCAUCAUUAAAAUAUUUUUAAAUUAAAAAAUUUUGACUUAUUUUCAUGAAGUUAUUUUGUAUUUUAUAUAUAAGACCCUUGG